CCAGUCUCCAUCCAAUCUCGAUAAAUACUCCAUUUAAACAACAAGUAAUACCAUUAUCACACAGAACGUGAUCGGACAAUCAACUGAGCGGUAGUGAAUAAAGUUAAUGCAAAAUGAACCCCGUGCCGCGAGAAAUGCUGAAAAACGCCCGUUUUUCGAAGGUGCCCAAAAUGGAUAAAACUAACGGAAAGGUCUGUCCAGCAGGUGCUAUGGCCAUCAGGAGACAACCCUUGAGGCAGUUUGGACCUCUUCUGGUAGCUAUGGUGGGGCUGCCAGGUAGAGGCAAGAGCAUGCUAGCGCGCCGGCUGAGCAGGUACCUGAACUACACCGGGGAUAAGACUAAAGUAUACGACAUUAGUGACUACCGACGCAAGCAUAUCAAGCAGUAUGAUUCACACGAGAUGUUCCGUGCCGAGAACCUUCCCAUGUGGCGCGUUCGCCAGCAGUCGUUCAGAGAGGCUCUGGAAGACGCCGCCGGAUGGAUGCGUCAACCUGGAAACAAAGUGGCCAUCUUGGACGGACCGAAUGUGAGCAGAUCCCAGAGGCAGGAGAUCUACGACUUGGUCUACUGUCAACUGGGUUUUAGGGUCAUGUUCAUCGAAUGUGUUUGCGAGGAUCCUGUUAUGCUCGAGAGAAAUUUCAAGGAGAUUCUUCAAUACAGUGCCGACUAUCGUAACAUGGCAACUGAGGAGGCGCUCAAAGAUCUCACUCACAAGAUGGCGCAUUACAAAGCUCAAUACGAAUCUCCUACCUUAGGCAGUUUGUGGGAGUUGCCGUGUCCAAUGGUCAAACUCCUGGAUGCUGGUGAAGGAGGUGUCAUAGCUCACGGUGUCAAUGGGCAGAUGGAAGGAAAAAUUCUGGCCUAUGUGUCUACUCCGAAGCCUUAUCAGCAAACACUUUAUUUCAGUAGACAUGGAGAGAGUGAGUUCAACGUAAUUGGAAGAAUUGGUGGUGAUGCCAAAUUGUCUCCCAGAGGCAGAUCAUAUGCUCAAUCUUUAGCUAAGCAUAUACAAGCUUUAAAUCUUCCUAGUCUACAAGUUUGGACUUCCACUUUACAAAGAACAAAAGCUACUAGCGCGGGCAUACCAGCACCUCAGUUACAUUUGCCUGAACUGGACGAAAUUUGGUCGGGUGAAUGCGAGAACCUAUCAUACGAAGAAUUGGCGGAACGGUUUCCAAAAGAACUGGCGUUGAGGGAUAGAGAAAAGCUCAAGUACCGCUAUCCUCAAGGAGAGUCGUACAUCGAUGUCAUGAACCGAUUGGUUCCUGUUUUGACUCAAAUGGAGUGCGAGACAAAUGUCUUGACUGUCUCUCAUCAGGCAGUGUUGCGUUGUAUACUUGGCUACUUUUUGGAAACCCCACCGGAAGAAAUCCCGUACAUUCACGUACCACUGCACACCAUCAUCAAGAUCACUCUGCAGGGCUACCACUAUAACAUGGAAACCAUCAAAAUGCCUAUCGAUUGCGUGGAUACCAACCGUCCACGACCGAUGAAUUGCUCAGAAGACAGGACUCCUGAAGAUGUGAUGAUGACCAUACCAAAACACUAUGACUCGCUUGCAAAUCUGACCACUUGUACUUAGCCGUCAGUUGGAAAGUGUACCUUGAUGCGGCAGUUUGAUGCUGCUUGUUCAUUGGAAAGUUUUGAUAAAUCGUUUGAUGAUCUGAAAUUUGAUGAAGGGUGUGGUUUGAUUGCAUCACCAGAUAAAUAGAAUGUGUAACGCAAAUUUAUUUGGGUUUGAUUCCAUGAAGAUUGUGGCAGAAGCGAAGCGGUUUGAUUACUGUAGUUGUCAAUUAGAAAUGUAAUUGGAAUUUUGAAAUUAUGGGAUGUGGAUGAGUGAACUUGAUCGAGGAAAGAGAAUAUAUGUAAUUUCCCAUGCUUUUGGAUGUUAAAUGAAACCGCGUAUGUAGGAUUGAGUUUUUACAGUUCUUUCUUAUAUUAUUUUCUCUCAUGAUGUCCUUGACGCGUAGACAGGUAAAUAGAAUUGUCAGAAAAGUGUUUAUUGUGCUUGAAGAAGGUCACCGUUGGGAUCGAAACGUCGUACAAUAAAGAUUACUUUUAAAGAAAUGUGGUUUAAUUCGGCCAGACAAACAUGGGGGAUUUGUAUGCUAUUUCUCGCAUUCGGUUCCAUGAACAAUACAGAUGCAGCAAUCAAGAUUGCAUAACAGUCAAGAGCUGAGUUCUGACUGGGUGGGUUUUUGGAUUCUUCAGGCCGCUUGGCGUCUGUCGGGUGAUGUGGAAGACUGACGUGUCUGGUACACAACAUAUACUUCAUGCGCGCUUGUCGCCUUGGAGCGGCUGGAUAUCUUUUGGGGCACAAUGAUGGCUUCACACGAUUUCAGUAUGGUGCAGUGCCCUCCAGGCUAUUGGUGCUGCACACUCUGUAUAGUACCGGCAAAAACAAAUGCUCUGCCACCUGGGAGUCAUAGAUAUAAAAUAAUAUUGUCACUGUCACUUUUUUUAUCUGUACUUUAAAAAAGGGGGCCACUGAGGUGGGCGAAAUCUUCGUAAAAACCCAAGCCUACACACGUGGUUCCAUUUAAUGGCCAGAAAACGGAGGAGUAUCAGGAAUAAACGACAUGAUAAGUUUCAGAUGUUACAUUAAAAUAUGUGUAGGGGAAACCCGGGCAAAGUGAAUACCUUAAGCUGUUUUUGGUUAUUGUAGAUUAGUUAUAACCGGGGAAAUUAAAACAAAUAUUUAUAAGCACUCUUUAUUUAAAGGACUAACGGAAUUGUAUAAGAUUCUUCCUAAAUAUUAAUUAAAUUAAAAGUUAUUAAUCGAAUUAACAAGAGUGACUAACUAUCCACCUUGCCCGGGAUUCCGGGUAAAGUGAAUAUGAUACCAGGGCAAAGCGAAUAGCAACAUUAUUUGGCUUGAAAUUAAACUUACAAAGGAAAUAAACCUUGAAAAUCAGGAAAAAAUAUUUAAAAUAACAUGUUUCUAAUUUUUGCAGUUAUCGCAAACAAAAUCGUCACUGCCUUCGAAGGCUGAGCACUCUUCAUGGCACCAUUGAGUACAAAUACUACAUUGUAUCCAGUUUUCCGUUGGCUGAUCAUCUUCUUCAAUGUACAUUUCACCACAGAAAAUGCAGCUGACAUCAUCAAAUUUCCGUAUUUUUUUCUGAUUUCCAUUUUCUUUUGCACUCCUCUUUGCUUUUUUAUCAGUGAUUUUAGAUUUAACAGUUUUUUUGUUACCAGUCUUCAGAGAAGUUUUCGUCGAAACAUCAUCUAGUGGCUUCAUAGCAGGCUUUUUUCCUUUUUCAAAUUUCUGUUUCUGCUCUUCUUUUACUGGAGUACUCGUCAGUAUACUAGAUCUUUGUAACCUCCGUUUACGUGUUGUUGUUGGUCUAGCAGGCUGAGGAAUAGGUCUCAAAACUGAAGGACUAUAGUAGGUCUUAGAACAUCCAGGUUCGGGUGAAGCGGCGGGAACAGUAUUGCCAUAGCUUUCUUUUUUAGUUUCAGAUCUAAUAGGAGUGCACGGUCGAUCUUCAAUAUAUAUAUUUACUUCGUCUUGAGACUGAAAAUCACCUAAAGCAACAACUUCACCUGAUGACGCAAUAGGUAAAGAACUAACAGAUUCUAUAGUCUGUAAGGUUUCUCCUUCAAUAGGGUUUAUGAAUGAAUGAGAAUGUUGAGUGGCAUUUGCAAAUGAAGGUGAUAUGGGCUGAUCUUGAGGUUCAAUCGAAGGUAACGCUUCAACAGCGGACUCGGGUAAAUCAAUGCUUUCUAUUGGGGCCAAAGUUCCAGCUUGACUGUUUAAAGUGGAUGUACCUGCAAGUACCUCGGCUGGUGUGAAAUGCUCAUCACCAAAUGCGUGCUUGUUUACAGGCCAAAUCCCAGGUUUUUCAAAUCCAUGCACUGCAUUGAUGGCCACGGCAGCUUUGAGAUAAGCUGGUGCUAGCAAUCUAGAUACAUCGUACUGAUUAAUGAUGCGGCCAGGGUGAGAUUUUUGGAAAAUGUUAACUUCCCUUUCGAAAUGCGUUUUCAGUGGGCCAUACACAGCAACAUCCAUAGGUUGCAUUUUGUUUGUAGUAUGCGGUGCUAAGGAUAAUAUUACCACGUUAUUCUUGGUGGCAUACUCAAGUGCAGGAUAAUAUUUGUGGCUUUCAUGGUUAUCCAAUAUUAGUAGAACCUUUUUAUCUGCUGUUGGCCUCACUUGCUCUACGAAAAAAUGGAUCCAGUUCAAGAAGACUUCCCCUGAUGUCCAGCCAUUAGGAGUACACGUUGCUUGAGUCCCUGGAGGACUACCAUCAAGAAGCCUUGCUUGCAUCUUCUUUCUUGCAAAAAUCAGGAAAGGUGGAAGAAAACUGCCAGCAGCAUUACAACACCCGAUGACGGUUGUCAAUUGGCCGCGUUCUGCACUUGCAAUCAUACCCACUUGUUUUUUCCCUUUUACGGAGAUAACCUUUGGAGGCCUAUUUGAGGUCGUUGAUAUUCCGGUUUCGUCCAUAUUGUAUAGUCUGGAGGCUUCAAUGUUAUUUUUCUCAAUGGCAGAUUCAAGAUUUUCAUAAAAAUGGCUCACUUCGCGGCGAUUAAAUCCUUUCAGCCUCGCUACAGAUGUUGAUUCUGGAGUUCUUAGUGUCAAGUUGGUAUGACGUGAUAAAAACCUUUGCAGCCAUUCUUCUCCAGCUUUUUUAUUUUUAUUCCAACUCUCAGGGUAACGCAAAUUGUUGCGGUGUGCAUACUCAAAUGCUAGACUCAUGAAUUCAUCCCGAGUAAGGCCAAAAAAAACUGCGUCCAUAUCUUGCAGGUAUGUCACCAGUUCAAUUUCUUGAUCCUCCGUGAAUGUAGGACGAAAUCGACCGAGCUGUGCGGAAGCGUUUCCACUUUUGACAUGUCUGUAAAGGGUAGCAUACGCAAGUCCAUAUUUGUUGGCUGUCCCUUUAAUAGAUUCUCCAGCCCUACAUAAAUUUAUUGCAGUCUGCAUAACGUCUCUACUCCAAGUACCUUGCGUCGUCUUUUUUUUAUAUUUAUUCACCAUCUGUAACAGAAAAAUACUUGAUAUAAUAUAAAAUUGUAUGAAAUUAUAUUACACGCCAUGACCGGGCAAAGUGAAUACAGUAUCCGCCUUGCCCGAUCCGCUUUGCCCUUCGGGUACAGCUUUGAGGUUAUGCCAGGUCAUAAAAAAAACAGUUUAUCUAAGUUCAUCAACUACACAUAGUUGAAAGCUCUAUAACCAUGCAUUGAAUCCCCUGCAUAAACAAAAACAUGCCACCAAAAACAUAAUAGAUCUAAGCGAAACACUUACCUCUGUAAAUUAAUAUUUCUGGUACAGAAACACACUUUGUCCACUCAAUGGCGGCAUGCUACGCAAAUUCGCGCCAAAGUGAUUUCCGCGAACUAAGCGGCAACAGGCGACUCUUGAUUUGACAGCGCGGCUGCCGGCCAACGAAAAAUUUGGAAGUAGUGGGGACUAUUCGCUUUGCCUGGGGUAUCCACUUUAGACGGGUUUCCCCUACUGCAGAUUACGAAAAAUUAAAAUAAUGCUGCUUUUUUAGUACAGAAAUUGCAUGCAGCAUUGUGAAAAUACCUGGAUUAUUUUGAUCCUCGCAAUCUGACCAAUAAGCAGAUAACGAAUUAGUUACUUUACUGACAUUCCAGCUGAAAGGGAUCAUGUGUGGUUUCAUUUACUGGCUAGUUAGUGAUGCAGCUUUGUACAUUAAGAACUGGCUGAUAAACAGCUACUUUUUUCCUAAAGAGAUGCCUUCCUUAAGGGACAUGUUUGUUACAUUUUAAUUUCUUGCAAUAUUUUGUUAGGCUGAAAUUACUGUCCUACAAAGGAAUAAUGUUCCAGAAGUCACUGUAGACUGACACAGAUGUAGUUUUUCAGUUUUACACAGUUGUUUAAUGGACAUUCAAAUAGUAUUUUAUAUUUUCUUUCCUCGAUUUCAAACAAUUGUAAGAUUUAAGAAGUAAUUUUUUUGUGUAAUUCUUCUAUAUUAAUCAACGAACAUUGCGUUCAACAGCUGAGGGAACUUUAGGUUCCAUAAUGAUUAAAAAUUAUUUUUAAACAUUUGUUCUGAAUGAGAUCUUUUGGUGUGAGUUUGGAUUGAUAUUCUAUGUAAUGUAGUUUUAGUUUUCAAAUGUCGAUGAUUAAUUCUCCAUUUUUUGAAAAUUAGUCAUGACAAAUACAUAAAAGGUAAACAUAUCAAAUAUGAAUUAUUAUACAUAUAUAUCCUAUUUUUUCUUUUUAUGUUGUUAAGACAGAAACAGCGUAUAUUUUUUUUUUGUUAGUCUGUCUGCAACGCCAUAAUCCUAUUAAUCUAACAGAAUAUAACAGAAUCUGUAUUGUUUGUCAUUAACAAAACGAAUAUUGUUUGCAGCUUUGUGUUGAAAUAUGAGUUAUCAUUCUGACAAUAUUAAUGUGUUAAACAGUAGGAGUACAAAUAUUUAAGUGCUAAUAUACAGUGUGUCAGCUCCGGGGAACGGCUGAAGUCCGUUAAAUGAUGAAGUUAUACAAUUUAGUUACGUUUUACUUCUCAAGCCAUACUGGCCUAUAACUUGGAAAGUACUGCACAGAUUUGGAUGACAUUUUCACACAAAGUUACUACUAUGUCAAGGACGGAAAAGAUUUGUAGUUUUUGAAAAUCGGUCCAGUAGCGACGGAGAAAAAGCCCAAAAACGAAAAAAAAAUCGCUUAAACUUCGUUUUUGAAGUUGCAGAGGGUCCUUUGAAAAAAAAUUGUGGUAUAAAAUUUGGGGGAGGGAAGGGUAUAUCUCAACUUUUUGAUGUUAGUGUAUUUAUAUGCUUCCAGUUUCGGUAAUUCGCACAUUAUUGAUUUCCCCGUACAUUAGACCUUAAAAACUGGAACUUAAAUAUUCUCAGCAGAUGGAUCGACCGUGUCUGCUUCUGCUCCCGGCGGCGUGUCAGUCUUAGUAAGUGUAUUACUGCCACGUCUGACUGGUAACCGGGUUAAGUAAGUAAGGCGACUUUGCCUAAUGGACUACCGAUAGGGGCGGAUAAAGAAUGUCUAUGGACCUGUUUGAUUGACUUUUUGCUGAGGAUCCAGCUUGUGCUGAACAUAAUCAUUCAUGAACUGAUCACAGCGUUGCGUAGAAAGUACAGAGCCAAUAUACUUGACGCCAUUUUUUCUUACAAAAACGCGAAAAUCUAUGUAAAAUAUGUUCAAUUGGUUCCUCAUUAAACCAACAUUGUAUCUACAAUCGUUUUCUAGAUCCCAGAGCCAAAAACACUGUACACAUAUUCCUCUUUUUAUUUUACUAGAAAUGUGUUGUGUUCAUUGUUAAGAACUGAUAUAGCUUGGCUAGAUUGAAGGUCAAAUAACUAAUAGUUGCUAAGUUUAACAGUUGAUCAAUAUUGAUCACAUUUAGUUCUGUAAAGUAACAAGAAUAAGUAGGUUAUUAUUUUAACCACAAUAUGAAUGCAGCAGAUAUGUACUUCAUAGUCAAUAUAUAGCUGAGAAAAAGUUUUCAAUUUUGCCUGUUAACCAAAUAUUUUAAAAGCCAGAUUAACAAUCGGUUGUGUGGAGAUAACAACCUUGUUAAUAUGUAUAUAGGACAAUUUCGAUUGCAUCUCAGAAACACAUUGGUAUAUUGUAUUUUUAUCAGGAAUAGUAUUUAACUGUGAUUUUUCUUUUUAGUGGUUUUUUAUGUUAUAUUCAAGAUGUAAUAAAGUUUUUUGAUUGCC